AUGGAUUUUACGGAUGAUGAUGGAUUAGGCUCAGGCUCGAGCUCUAACCCUGUAAUGAACUACUACCUAAAGGCUAAAGCUCACUACCAAUUUUAUAUGGAUAAAGUCACACCUCAUACAAAAGAAAGAUGGAUCGGUUUGACAGUAAUGGUUGCUCUUUUCGUUUUGCGUAUUAUUAUAUCUCAAGGAUGGUAUGUUGUUUGUUAUGCUUUGGGUAUCUAUCUAUUGAGUCAGUUUCUGGCAUUUUUAACGCCAAAAUUUGAUAUGACCAUCCAACAAGACGAGGCAAAUCAAGAGUUAGAGGCAGGAGAGAGAGCAGAUGAAUUCCGUCCAUUUAUUAGAAGAUUACCAGAAUUUAAAUUUUGGCACAACGCCUUCAGAGCAACAGCAGCAUCUCUAUUGGCUACUUUAUUCUCCAUUUUUGAUAUUCCUGUGUAUUGGCCAAUUCUUUUGAUGUAUUUCAUCCUGUUAUUCUUGUUAACUAUGAAAAGACAAAUCCAACACAUGGUUGAAUACAAAUAUAUCCCACUUGAUAUUGGUAAAAAGAAAUAUAACUCCCAAAAAUAA